AUGCCGAGAGGCAUUCCCAAGCGCCCAGCCUUGGUGGUUUACAUGGCAUCACAUGUCAACCUAUUCUUGGAAGAAUUCGUUGUCUUCUUCAUCAUCUGCAUCCAAGUCUUGAAAGAGGGGUUCAAUGGUGGUGGGUAUGAGGAUAUAGAGAGGGAUGAGGGUGGUGUUGAGUCGAGUAUGGCAUGGGAUCUUAAUGGAGGCUUUGAAAGGGAAAUCGGGUGGAGGAUAAUGGGUAUGGUGGGGAGCACUUUCAAGAGUGCUAUAUGCAUUGUUGUUUUGCUCGACAUAAAAGUGAUGUUCCUACUAGCAAUUGAUAAGUCUAAUCACAAGCUUGUUGCCAAAGCCAUACAAGGCAUCAGGGAUCUUCUAAAGCAGAGAUUGCUUCUGCCUCAAAAUGAGGCAGCACAAGCUGGGACCCGGUACAAUGUGCCCUUGAUGAACUCCCUUGUCCUUUAUGUGGGAAUGCAGACCAUCCAGCAAUUACAAACAAAAAGCUCGCCUCCACUUGCACAGCAGAUGGCCCACAAUGGUCCGCUGGAGUUGUAUUUGAUGGGUUCUGCCAUGGACAUCUUCCAGACUCUGAUUGCGGAGCUUGAUACAGAAGGGCGUUACCUCUUCCUUAAUGCCAUUGCAAAUCAGCUGCGCUAUCCCAACAACCACACACAUUUUUUCUCCUUUGUCCUUCUCUACUUGUUUGUUGAGGCAAGCCAGGAAAUCAUCCAGGAGCAAAUUACAAGAGUUUUGCUGGAACGCCUGAUUGUAAAUAGAUCCCACCCAUGGGGUCUUCUCAUCACUUUUAUCGAGCUCAUCAAGAAUUCAAGAUACAACUUUUGGAGCCGAACUUUCACAAGGUGUGCGCCGGAGAUUGAGAAACUGUUUGAAUCGGUUUCACGAUCUUGCAUGGUCUCCGACAACAUGCACUGACUGGUUCUCUCAUUUGUAAAUAACUAGCGUAAUUUUAUUACUGAUAAUGCCCAUAGAUAGACCAUAUAAAAGGUAUAU